AUGGUCGGGGAAAGGUCGCAACCCGUCAAAUGCUCUUCCUACAGCUCGGCGGGGGGCGCAUCCAGAGAUAAAGUGGAUUUGCGUCCGUACAUGACGGCUAUUGAGGACCAAUCGCAAAGCAACAGUUGCUGUGCGAAUGCAAUCGCUGGUGCCUACGAGUAUCUCAACAAGCGUGAUGCAAUGAGACGUGGUGAUUCAACCGCUGACAUCUCUCGUCUGUUCAUUUACUACGUGGGCCGCAAGAAGGACCAGCACCAAUUUGGGGAAAACGCAAGGAUGGCCCCAUCAGACGAGGGGAUGACUAUCGGAGGCGCCAUCAGCGCCCUAGAGAUGAAGGGAGCAUGCCUAGCAAAAGACUGGCCCUUCGAUUUGACGAAAGUGAAUGACAAGCCCGAUCCGUCAUGCUUCGACCAGGCCAUGAAGUUCAAGGUUUCAAAUGCCACAACAAUUCCGACUGACCUCGAUGCAAUGCGCGGAGCGCUGGCGCAAGGAAACCCAAUCAUCUUCGGCCUGAAGCUCACCAAACAGUUCUUCAGUCCUCAACGAGGUGGAUUCAUCCCGACUCCCGACGUCAGCGACCCGCAGUCGGCUGAACAUGGCUUGCAUGCCAUGCUUCUUGUGGGCUACAAUGACCGGCAGCAGGUCUUCAUCGUGAGAAACAGCUGGGGCGAGAGCUGGGGGGACCGAGGAUACGCAUAUGUGCCGUAUGACUACGUCGCAAACCCUGACUUCAAUUUCCUGGGCCAGUACACCAUCACAGGCUUGACGGACACCGACUUUACACCAGAUGGGGACGAUGGCGGUGACUUCGCAUACGAGCAAGAGGGGCCGAGCCCGGUAGAGGUCACUGAGUUCGAGGAGGCCCCUCCACGAGACGAGAGAGAAGACGAUUUCGACCCAGAGGACGAGUUUAACCCGGUCUCCGAAGCGCGACGGGUGUUUGCAAAGUUUGAUAUCAAUGGAAGCGGUACCAUCGAUAAAGCAGAGCUUGGCCUUGCCUUGAUGAUGAACGGAGUUUUCAUGACGCCUGCCAUGCUCGAAGGGAUGAUGCAGAAAUUCGAGCGGGAUGGCAGACCCGGGCUGAAUUUUGAGGAGUUUGCUAGCCUCACUGGAGUUGCCUAA